GUGGCGCAGGCGUACGGUGCUGAACGAGUUCCUCCGCAACACAGAGGUGUCGAGGGUGGACAAGCCCCGCGAGUUCUUCCAGUUCACUGAAAACUUUCACGGCAAUGCUCCUCUUGAGGUCUUGAACGUACAAAGAACUCCAGUAAGCUCCUCCCUCGCCCUUCCAGUUCUCAACUCUGCGGCCAGCGAAAAUUCUCAGCUCAAUUACGUCCAGAUCGGUCGUUAUUUCAACGGCGAACUGUCGAUGAAGACUCCCAUUGCCGAAGGUCCUGAUAGGAGGCUGGUAUCUUUAGACGAACUGCCCUCCUCUUGUACGGCCUCUUGUGCCGCCUCCUGCACCCAUCAGGAUACAGACUACAUCUUCGUCGAGUCUCCUGAUAAACUCUACAUCGUGGCGGCACUCAACGUCCAUACGACAGGCAAUAAACCUCUCGAGUGCGGACCUCUGAGAGGAGACCAGGGCAUUCAAGAGGUCGAGGCGUUCCUGUGGUCAUUGUCGCGCGUGAACGAAGAGGCGCGAAAAGCCCGCCGAGUCCCUGGUGAGACUCCCACCCCUACCGUGCAGGCCGGGGCCGUCAUCUUCGACGCGUGCGCUAACAAAGAGAAGGUCGUGCGCGACGUUACAAACCUGCUCACUGGCCGCGUCCAGCAGACUAUCAGGAAGAUG